ACUCUUAUUUUGAAAAGCGCACGCGCUCCUCCGGUUGCAUCAGUAACGGACUGUCGUCCUCGGGCGGGGAUCCACGCGCGGCUUUCUUGUAUCAGUGACUCAUUCUUAUCCGUGAAGGAGGACCAUGUGUGGGAUCUGGGCUUUGUUCGGCAGCGAUGAGUGCCUGUCGGUCCAGUGCACGUGUGCCAUGAAAAUCGCCCACAGAGGCCCGGACGCAUUCCGCUUCGAGAACGUCAACGGCUUCACCAACUGCUGCUUCGGCUUCCACCGGCUCGCCAUCGUGGAUCAGCUGUACGGGAUGCAGCCGCUGCGCAUCAAGAAGUUCCCGUACCUGUGGCUGUGCUACAAUGGGGAGAUCUACAACCACCACACGCUCCAGAAGACUUUUGACUUUGACUUCCAAACCAAAGUGGACGGUGAGGUACUGCUCCAUCUCUAUGACCGUUUUGGCAUUAAAAAAAUGGCCUCCCUCCUGGACGGCGUCUUCGCCUUCAUCCUGCUGGACACGGCCAACAGAAAGGUGCACCUGGGGAGGGAUACCUACGGCGUGCGGCCCUUGUUCAAGCUCCUGACCGACGAUGGCUUCCUGGCUGUCUGCUCUGAAGCAAAAGGUCUCACCAACAUCAGCCACUCCAUGAGCGAGGAGGUCAGCAUCGAGCCCUUCCUGCCGGGACACAUCGAGGUGUUUGACCUGAAGCUGAGCGGGAAGGUCCAGUCCCUUCAGAUGGAGCCGUUCCACUGCUGCACGCAGGAGCCGACGCACGCCCUCUACGAUCCUCUGCAGACACUUCCUGCAGGUUUGGAUGAAGAAACCGUGAAAAGCAACAUCAGGAGCCUGCUGGAGAACGCCGUGAGGAAGCGGCUGAUGGCCCACCGGCGGAUCGGCUGCCUCCUAUCAGGUGGCCUGGACUCCAGCCUGAUCGCCGCUCUGCUCGUGAAGCUGGCCAAAGAGGAGAAGCUGCCGUACAAAAUUCAGACGUUUUCCAUCGGAUCGGAAGAUAGUCCGGACAUUCUGGCUGCUCGCAAGGUGGCGGCACACAUUGGCAGCGAGCACCACGAGGUGAACUUCACUGCGGAGGAGGGCAUCCGCGCCGUGGAGGAGGUCAUUUUCCACCUGGAGACCUAUGAUAUCACCACCAUCCGAGCCUCAGUCGGAAUGUUUUUGGUGUCCAAGCACAUCCGAGAGAAGACGGACAGCGUGGUGAUCUUCUCUGGAGAAGGAUCUGACGAGCUCACUCAGGGAUACAUCUACUUCCACAAGGCUCCAUCUGCCGCAGCAGCAGCUAAGGACAGCGUCCGUCUGCUGAAGGAACUGUACUUGUUUGACGUUCUCCGGGCCGACCGCACCACUGCCGCCCACGGGCUGGAGCUCAGGGUUCCCUUUCUGGAUCACAGAUUUACUGCAUACUACCUGUCCCUCCCUGAGAACAUGAGAGUUCCUAAGGAUGGAGUGGAGAAGCAUCUCCUCCGGGAUUCUUUCAAAGGUCUCAACCUAAUCCCAGAGGAGAUCCUGUGGAGGCGGAAGGAGGCCUUCAGUGAUGGGAUGAUGUCCAUGAAGAAGUCCUGGUACACCUGUCUGCAGGAGCACCUGGAGGCCAUCGUCAACGACGACCAGAUGGAAAAGGCCUCAAAGACGUUUCCCCACAACCCCCCCACCACCAAAGAGGCCUACUACUUCAGGCAGGUGUUUGAGAAGCUGUACCCGGGCCGAGCUCAGUGGCUCUCCCACUACUGGAUGCCGCGCUGGAUCGAAGCGGCCGACCCGUCGGCCCGAACCCUGUCCAUCUACGAGCCCGACAAGGACCAGUGAUGCAGCCUGCUCCUCCUAGAACGUCAGGUGUCGGUUCCUUCUGUCAUCUGCAGGUUUAUGGAGGGACUUCUUAGAUCAGGUGGUUCUUCUGAUGCUCUGGGAAAUUCUUACCUUUUGCUUGUCCUUCUGUUCCUGCAAAAGAUGAUGGAAACUGGAGGAGGAAGUGUCAUGGUGUGGGUGUCUAAUGCUCUUGGCCAGCAAAGUGCAAAAAAUGUGCUCAUGUGGGGGUCAGAACCAGAGACUCACCUGUCUGUCCAGGUACGAGUGUCCUUCAGUGGUUGAUCCACGUUUCUGGUUCUGCUUGGUUUCAGCUGCUCCUCAUGGUUCUGCUGAUAGCUUGUUGGACCUUCAUCCUCAGAGCUGCUGUCUCCAAUGUCUUUUUGUUUUUGAGGAUCUUGUUCUGCAGAAACGUCUGUCUUCUGCCUAAAUCUUUGAAUAAAUUUUUUCCCCUCAACUCA